AUUUGAAUAAAUAUAAAAGUUUUACAAAAUUAGAUUAGGGAUAGAAUAUAAGUGUAAAGAUCCUAUACUUCGUAGACUUAAGGGUGUGAACCAGACACCACCACGUUCUCACACACACACACACACACACAUACUUCUAUAUAUAUGAUCUAAUUUAAUGAUCAAGAACUUAAUUUCUCUCAUCCCAAACUAAUUAUUCACAAACACACUCACACACAGACACAAGUGACUCGAGUUGUCAGAAAUGGGAUCUCUAUCGUGUCAGAGGAAGAUGAAGAGAGUGAUGAUGGUAAUAGUAACAGUAACGUGGCUCCGUGGCAUGUGCGGGGAGCUGCUCGAUGACCAGUUAUUCGAAGUGGAAAAGCUUAAGAUGUUCGUUGACGACCUCCCUGAUAUGCCUAGACUCCAUGGGUUUAACUCUGUUCAUGGCAUCCUCAAACCCACUUCUCUUCAAAUCGGCAUGUUCUCCACUAAAUGGAAAUUUCAUAGAGACUUGCCAGCGACACAAGUGUUCGCAUACGGUACAUCACGUAGCAAGGCAACAGUUCCUGGUCCGACGAUAGAAGCCGUGUAUGGAGUAGACACAUACGUUACGUGGCGAAACCACCUUCCUUCAUCUCACAUUCUUCCUUGGGAUCCCACAAUCUCCCCAGCAACUCCGAAACACGGUGGGAUUCCUACGGUGGUUCACUUACACGGAGGAAUCCACGAACCAGCCAGUGAUGGAAACGCUGAUGCAUGGUUCACGUCAGGUUUUAGAGAGACAGGACCAAAAUGGACCAAAACGACGUUGCAUUACGAGAACAAGCAACAACCUGGUAACAUGUGGUACCACGACCAUGCCAUGGGUUUGACCCGGAUCAACAACCUCGCCGGUAUGGUGGGCGCCUACGUUCUUCGCCACCCCGCCGUAGAAUCUCCUCUUCGACUACCCACCGGCGAUGAAUUUGACCGGCCGUUGAUUAUUUUCGACCGGAGCUUUCGUAAAGACGGGUCGAUUUACAUGAACGCAACAGGGAACAACCCUUCUAUUCACCCGCAAUGGCAACCUGAAUACUUCGGCGAUAUGAUCAUCGUUAAUGGAAAAGCGUGGCCGAGACUAAACGUCCGACGCAGGAAAUACAGAUUCCGCAUCAUAAACGCAAGCAACGCAAGAUUCUUUAAAUUCUUCUUCUCCAACGGUCUAGAUUUCAUCGUCGUGGGUUCUGACUCUGCGUAUCUCUCAAAACCAGUGGUGACUAAAUGGAUCCUCUUAUCUCCUUCAGAAAUAGCAGACGUCAUCGUUGAUUUCUCGAAGUCGCCGUCGAGAACAGUGGUGCUAGCUAAUGACGCGCCGUAUCCUUACCCUAACGGCGAUCCUGUCAACAAGGAGAAUAGCAAGGUAAUGAAAUUUAUAGUCAAAACUGAACCCGAGGAUGACACAUGUACAGUCCCCAAGAAGCUCAUCGAGUACCCGCAUGUAGAUGUAUCAAACGCGGUUCUCACACGUUACAUAUCUAUGUACGAGUACGUGAGCAACUCUGAUGAGCCAACUCAUUUGUUCGUCAACGGCUUGCCCUAUGACGCUCCCGUCACGGAAACUCCAAAAAUAGGAACCACCGAGGUGUGGGAAGUGAUAAAUUUGACCGAGGAUAACCAUCCGUUACAUAUUCAUCUCGGACUAUUCAAAGUGGUUGAGCAAACGGAGUUACUGGCGGCAGGGUUGGAUGAGUUCAAGGAGUGUAUGACGAAACACAACGAUGCAGUCAAGUGUCAGAUUAGUAAAUACGCACGAGGGAAGAAGACGGCGGUGACAGCACACGAGAGAGGUUGGAAGAACGUGUUCAAGAUGAUGCCAGGACAUGUUACGAGAAUACUCGUACGUUUUUCUUAUAUCCACACUAACGCAUCUUACCCAUUCGAUGCGACCCAGGAACCUGGCUACGUCUACCAUUGUCACAUAUUGGACCAUGAGGACAAUAUGAUGAUGAGGCCGCUUAAGGUCGUUAAUUGAUAUGUGCAAUAUAACUCUUCAAAAGCUAAAAAUCAAUCGAAUGCAUCAUUCAUUGAGAAUGUAAUAUAAUCUACACUUUAUUAAUCCCUAGUAAAAUUAGUACUGCAGGCUAUGUUGAAAAGAA